CCUCAACAAGAAACCUGUCGACUCUAAAACUGCGUUGGACAAGAUCAAGCGUAGGAGGGAGACUCACAAUCGGGUGGAACGCCGCCGUAGAGACUGCAUUAAUCAGGUAUAAAUAUAAACUCUGUCGCAAUGAGAAGUCGACUUAUCAGAUUUUAUUGACUUGAACAAAGUUAUUCACUCAUCCCUCUUUCAUACACAAUAAAAAAAACAACAAUGAUAUCAACAAUAAUUUCUAUCUCUUGCAGCUCAUUGACGAGCUCACUUCAUUGCUCCCCAAGAACGACGAUGACAGUCAGUCGAAAUGCCAUCGCGUUAAUGUUCUGCGUACAGCUGUAGAACACAUUCAAAAUCUGACUCGUCAGAACGACCAUUUAAACAAGCAGCUAGAGGCUCUACAAACGGGUGCAACCAUGCCUCCACCUCCACCUGCCAUCAUUACUACUCCUGCACCCACUACAAAUAUCAAGGAAGAAACUGAGGAUGACUCGUUAUCGCAAUAUUCUUACAGUUCAGAGGCCAGCUCGUCUUUCUAUACUUCUCAUGCCCUUCGCUCACCAAUAUCACCGCUGUCUCCAAGUCAUUUUUCACCCACAUCUAGUCCUAGCCUAUCAGCGCAGCACAGUGGACAAACAUUUUCCAGUUGGGAAAGUCAUUCCCUUACACAUUUGCCACCAUUAAAUCUGUCAGGCACAAUCUCUACUAAUCCAUCUACUUCUCGGCCCAUAACGCCAUCAUCGCUGCCUUCGCUGAGCGAAAUCUCUGCUAAUUUGCCAUCUAUCCCUACGAUCAUUGAGCCAUCGAACCCUGUAUCAUCGCCAUCCAUGGAUAUGGACGGCAAUAAUAGUACUACUGGAUCUCAUGCAAAGCGACUGCAUCGACAAACACUUCCUAGAUUACAGUUAGCGCCUCCGUCAUUUCAUCAUCUCCAUCCUAGUAGCAAUCAAAGCGGUGUACCGUCUUCACCAUCAAACUAUGGACAAGAUUCGUUAACUUCGCCUGCAUCAGCACACUCAGCAUACUCAUCAACCUCUGGAUCAUGGUCAUCCUCGUCUUCAUCCUUUGGCCCGUUCUCAACCGCAUCUUCUCCGGGCCCGCUAUCACCAUAUGGAGGAACAAGCCCACGAUCACCGGGAUACUCACCUCAUGGACUUCCAUCAACAAAUCUAUUGUCUACCUCCUCUAGCUAUCCACAUUAAAAAGUUUAGUGCCUGUAAAAGUAAAAAUAAAAAAAAGACGCUAUUGUUUGAG